UCUUCAUCCAUGCUCCAUACACCAAAACCAGGGCACCUUCCAAAUUUACCAAUUUCCCCCAGAUUUAGUUAGGGUCACAAUGGACUUGGCCCUAUCGAUCGGAGACUCAACGGCGUAUGCGAAGGAAAUUACUGAAAGAUCGUGGAUUUCCGGCCUUGAAAUGACCAGAAAUUUUCAAGGGAAAGAAACCCAUUCAAGAACUCUUCCAGUGCAGCUUGAUCUCCUCCCUCUAGCCCCAUUUCCUCGCUCAUCUAGACCACAGAAUACAAAUCCUAUUGAUCAUGGGCAAAUCGACAUGAACCAGACCCCGCCAACGAGCUCAACUGAUUAUUCACGAGCUCCAAUGAGCGAGACAGAAGGAGAUAGAGUCUCUUGUGAUGAAGGAGAGAGCACAGGAGGAGGAGAGGGAUCGACAAGAAAGAAGCUGCGUCUUUCUAAGGAGCAAUCUGCUUAUCUUGAAGAAAGCUUCAAAGAACACAAUACUCUCAAUCCGAAACAAAAGCUCGCAUUGGCCAAACGCCUUAAACUCCGCCCACGCCAAGUGGAAGUGUGGUUCCAAAACCGCCGUGCCAGAACGAAGCUUAAGCAAACGGAGGUUGACUGCGAAUAUUUGAAGCGUUGUUGUGAAACCCUAACGGAGGAAAACCGGCGUUUACACAUGGAGUUACAGGAACUCAGAGCCCUAAAGCGGUUUUCUGUUGAGAAACCUCUACACCUAGUUUUUCCGGCGGCUUCUCUUACGGUUUGCCCUUCAUGUGAGCGGUUUUCGUCGCCGGACAAUGGACGGAAAACCACAGGGAAAAGAUUCCUCCCGUUUGCUCAGGACACAUCGGCGGCUUCGUGAAAAGCGGUUUUUGGGAUAAAAGAAUUAGUCGCCGUCUUUUUACUGGCGUUGCAAAACCGCUUUCAUGGAAAAGCGCCGGUUCCGCUCGAGAUGAAUUAAUCUCGCCAAAAUCGGGUAUAAAGUGGUUUUAGAAAACCGCUUUCUGUAAGUAUUAUCAUUUAUAAAUGGAUAUAGUUUUAUUUUGUUUUCUUUUAAAUUAUUAUAAUGCCCCUGAUAUGGAAUCCGG